CACCCGCCAAGAACGCUGACUCGAGACUCCGCGACUGAGCUGCCAUGCGGUUAGCUGGUGAGGGCCCAGAGCUAUGGUCAGGGCAGCGCCUGAUCAUGAUUUCGCGCGCAGAUGAGCACCGCCCGCUUGCUCGGUUUGGUGCUACCGUGGCAAUUGCUGAGAAUGGAACAGCGGUGCUCGUUAUAGGUGGCAUCGAAGGGCAUAUCAUUGGAGGUGUGUGCCUGAACGAGAUUUGGCGAUUCGAUGUCGACUUGGCUUGCUGGGAGAAGCUGCCUACGCCUUCCUGGAGUCCGCGCCGUGGCGCUGUUCCCGUUGUGAUUGAAGGCCAGCUUCUCCUGGUAGGUGGCACUGGCCUAGAUGCCCGACCCCUUCGAGAAGUUUGGGCAGCUGAGUGCGACAGAUGGCGUCCUACGACCUGGAAAUCUAUCACAGCGAAUGCACCCUGGGCAGAUGCGUCGCAUGCUUUGUGGGUGCCCAGAUUCGAUGGAUCUGAAUUUGGAGGCCUACUUUUGAUCGACAGCUUGGGGGCACUAUGGUGCAGCAGAGACAAGGGCAAAACGUGGACAAUACUACUGGACCAGUUGCCUUUCGGCCGCGGAGCCGAACAGGUUGCCGCCAUGAGAUAUUGCUGCAACUUCCUGGUGGUGGUUACCAUGUCAACCAAAGUCUGGAUAUCAAAGGACGCAGCUGAAUGGAUCUCUGCUGAUGGGGGUCGAGAUCCUCAUGGACUCGUGCUCGGAGACGCAGGUGCCCUUGAAGGUCCACCAGGCCUACGCUGCCAAGUGACAGAUGUCGUUAGCUCCGACUCCAGCCAUAUGCUUGUGGUGGCGCGACAUCGGGACACCUGCCAGCUAACGCUGUGGCAGCUGUCUAUCACCCGCCAGGAUCGGGAUCGGGAUCGGGAUCGGCAUGCUUUCUGGCGCUGCCUUGUACCACGAAUCCAAAUUUAUCCAGGUUUUUCCUCGGUAAAUCAGCUUGUUGCUGCUGCACGAGCAGAACUGGAGACACCUAACGGGCGUGAGAUGCGCGCUGUGUUCGUGGAGUUCAAUCCCAUCAACGAGUUCACUAUCUGGCGCGCCAGUCCAGCUGCAGUGGAUCAACACCGCGCCAUGCUGGAUCGCCUGGGAGCAUCCCAAAGCAAAGUGGACCACUGCACUUGGCAGCUGCAUAUUAUGGGUGCCUUGCUGCCGCAGAUGGGAGCCGAUUGGGUGCCUCGUGGACCGACCAAGCCGCCUCCCACUAAGAUGGUGUGGCAGGAUGACAUUUGGACAUACUGGCAUUGAGCGUGCGUCUAAUUAGAAGAGACAUAUGGUCGUGGCAGUAUGGCUGCCUUUGUUUGGCUAAUACUUGCAAUUGCACGUUUCGCUUUCACUCUUGCAAACAUUUGAAGCCGACGGUUGCGUCACAGAGCUUUUUGUGCUCGUGACUUCCAGGAACCUGCCUGCUUUCGAUUCCCAAGCUUCCGUAUUUCCUUAUUCGGAGGCGCACACGGCUCUGUGCGCGGAAAA